CGUUCCGCUCGCUGAUUGGCCGAGCGCGGCCCGCCGGCCGCCGAUUGGCUGUGCCCCGCGGCGCGCGUUGUCACUGGGGGGACGCGCGCAGUGGGGCCAAUAUGGCAGCCGCCGAAGGGCCCACGGGUGACGGGGAGCCGUGGCAGUCCUGGCUUCCCAACCACGUCGUGUUCCUGCGGCUCCGCGAGGGGCUGAAGACCCACGGCCCGGCCGAGGCUGAGAAGCCGGCGUCUUCGCCGUCGCCCUCGUCGCCGCCGCCGCUGACGAGGAACCUUGUCUUGGGCCUGGGCGGCGAUCUCUUCCUGUGGGACGGCGACGGCAGCGCCUUCCUGGUGGUCCGCCUGCGAGGCCUGGGCGGCGCGGGCGACGAGCCCUCCUUGUCCCAGUACCAGAGAUUGCUCUGCAUAAAUCCGCCCCUGUUUGAAAUCUAUCAAGUCCUGUUAAGUCCAACACAGCAUCAUGUAGCACUUAUAGGAAUAAAAGGCCUCAUGGUGUUAGAACUACCUAAAAGAUGGGGGAAGAAUUCAGAAUUUGAAGGUGGAAAAUUAGCAGUGAACUGUAGUACCACUCCCAUCGCUGAGAGAUUUUUCACCAGUUCUACUUCUCUGACUCUGAAGCAUGCGGCCUGGUACCCAAGUGAGCUGCUGGAUCCCCACAUUGUGCUCUUAACAUCAGACAAUGUAAUAAGGAUUUACUCUCUGCGUGAGCCUCAGACACCCACCAGGGUCAUCGUGCUUUCAGAAGCGGAAGAGGAAAGCCUGAUACUCAAUAAAGGAAGAGCGUAUACUGCAUCGCUGGGGGAGACAGCAGUUGCAUUUGACUUUGGGCCACUGUCGGCAGUCUCGAAGAGCAUGUUUGGGCAGAAAGGCAAAGGGGAUGUCGUGGCGCACCCGUUGUACAUCUUGUAUGAGAACGGGGAAACCUUCCUCACGUACCUCAGUCUGGCUCACAGCCCGGGGACAGUCGGAAAGCUGCUGGGCCCGUUGCCCAUGCACCCUGCAGCUGAGGACAACUAUGGCUAUGACGCAUGCGCCAUCCUCUGCCUGCCUUGCGUCCCCAACAUCUUGGUGAUCGCCACUGAAUCGGGAAUGCUGUAUCACUGCGUCGUGCUGGAGGGGGAGGAAGAGGACGACCAAGUGUCAGAGAAGUCCUGGGACUCCAGGGCUGACGUCAUCCCUUCCCUGUACGUGUUCGAGUGCGUGGAGCUGGAGCUCGCCCUGACCCUGGCGGCCGGAGACGACGAGCCCUGUGACUCAGACUUCUCUUGUCCAAUCAAACUUCACAGAGAUCCCAAGUGCCCCUCAAGAUACCACUGUACUCAUGAAGCCGGUGUACACAGUGUUGGGCUUACUUGGAUUCAUAAACUUCACAAGUUCCUUGGGUCAGAUGAGGAGGAUAAGGACAGUCUGCAGGAGCUCGCUGCCGAGCAGAAGUGCUUCGUGGAGCACAUCCUCUGCACCAAGCCGCUGCCCUGCAGGCAGCCGGCGCCCAUCCGCGGCUUCUGGAUUGUGCCUGACAUCCUGGGGCCCACGAUGGUGUGCAUCACCAGCACCUACGAGUGCCUCAUCAGGCCCUUACUAAGCACAGUCCACCCGGUGUCCCCGCCCCUGCUCUGUACCCGGGAAGACGCGGCAGCGGCGGAGUCUCCCCUCCGCAUUCUAGCCGAAACCGCAGAUUCCUUCGAAAAGCACAUCAGGAGCAUUUUACAACGCAGCGUUGCGAACCCAGCCUUCCUGAAAUCCGCGGACAGAGACAUGGCCCCGCCCCCUGAGGAGUGCCUGCAACUCAUCAGCAGAGCCACGCAGGUGUUCCGGGAGCAGUACAUCCUCAAGCAGGACCUGGCCAAGGAGGAGAUCCAGCGCAGGGUCAAGUUACUCUGUGACCAGAAGAAGAAACAACUGGAAGACCUCAGUUACUGCCGAGAGGAGAGGAAAAGUCUCCGGGAAAUGGCGGAGCGCUUGGCUGACAAAUACGAGGAAGCCAAGGAAAAACAGGAGGAUCUCAUGAACAGGAUGAAGGCCGUGCUGCACCGCUUCCACACGCAGCUCCCGGUUCUCUCUGACAGUGAGCGGGACAUGAAGAAGGAGCUGCAGCUGAUUCCCGAGCAGCUGCGCCACCUGGGCAAUGCCAUCAAGCAGGUCACCAUGAAGAAGGAUUACCAGCAGCGCAAGAUGCAGAAGGUGCUGAGCCCUCAGAAACCCGCCAUCACCCUGAGCGCCUACCAGCGCAAGUGCAUCCAGUCCGUCCUGAAGGAGGAGGGCGAGCACAUAAGAGAGAUGGUGAAGCAGAUUAAUGACAUCCGAAACCACAUCAACUUCUGAUCUGCAGGGAGCUGGUGCCCGCGGAGUGGACAAGGGGAGGGGCCGACGGGCGCCGUCGAUGAACUUGGCCCUGGUGAUCUCUCCUACUUGUCUUACAAGGAUUGAAUAAAUGUUUUUACUCAUAA